CGACUCUGGGGACCGCAAGCAGAUCUACAACAUCCUGACGGCGUUCGAGCUGCGGCCGUCGGGGCCGGACUGCGACAUCGUGCGCAUGGUGUGCGAGAGCGUCUCCACGCGCGCGGCGCAGAUGUGCUCGGCCGGCCUGGCCGGCGUCAUCAACCGCAUGCGCGAGAGCCGCAGCCAGGACACGCUCAAGAUCACCGUUGGCGUCGACGGCUCCGUCUACAAGCUCCAUCCCAGCUUCAAGGACCGUUUCCACGCCACGGUUCGGCAGCUGACGCCCGGCUGCGACAUCACCUUCAUCCAGUCGGAGGAAGGCAGCGGGCGCGGGGCCGCGCUCAUCUCCGCCGUCGCCUGCAAGAUGGCCUGCAUGAUGGGGCAGUGA